AUGAUACAGGAUCUCGUUGUGGCUACGCCUUUUCUGGAACAUGUAGGCAAUGGGUCGUGGAUCUUUGGCAAUGGUCUGUGGAAUAUCACUCAAGGACCGAUAUAUGCAACAAAACUUCAUUACGAUGGAUCUGAUGCUAUUGGAGCUGCAGUAGGACACUAUGCAGGAUAUGACGGUGAGAACAACCUACAGUGGCAAAGUGCAUCAAUAGUCACCCAAACCGACGAAUACAUUGACAUCAGCUUCCUCGCAGCGGAAGGAGAGCUACACUGGGUUAUUUUCGAUGGACUCGCCGGUUCCUACCAAUAUUUUGUCAACCAUGCUCUUCCUGACAUAAGUAUCUUCCGAACCUUGUUUCGUUUAGAUCCUAUUCGGUUCACCAGCGGCAGGACAUACCUCAAAGAUGAACCACUGCCCGAUUUCUCCAUGUACGCCAAUGCCACAAAAGUCCAAGACGAAACUUGGCAAUUGGCGAAUGGCUCGUUCAUUACAAAGUAUGACUGGUCAAACUAUGUGAGAGAACGUGAUUUCAAUGGAGUGUAUGGUCAUGAGACUGGGUCGUGGUACAUUCAUCCUUCUACCGACUACUUUAGUGGGAAUCAUCUCAGCCAAACACUCACGGUACAUCGGGAGUCAAGUACUGGCGAUACAGUACAACUGAACGUCGUUCAGGACACAUCUCAUUUCCAGAUCGGUGUGACCACAGCUCAGCCCAAAGGCAAGAUCUGGGGUCCAUGGCUCUGGUAUCUGAACAACGGCUCAAUUACAGACGCAGCACGACAACAGAAAGAAGAACUCUCAAAGUGGCCAUAUCAUUGGCUCAAUGACACGUCGUAUCAGUCUCGAGGCUCGCUAACAGGCUCUCUGAGACUCUCCGAUGAUCGCCCUGCAUCUGGCGCGGCAGUGUUUCUCGGCGAUACAGACACUAGUGUUCGGCCACUCGCUCAGGGGUCAAAUUACUAUUACAGUACAUACGCAGACGACCUGGGAUACUUCUCAAUCCCCAAUAUUCGCACUGGUACCUAUGGUCUACUCGCCUGGUCCAAUGGUGAUGUCCUUGGAGGAGUGUACACCAACUUCACGCGUUCGGACAUUGUGAUAUCAUCCAAGGAAGAGACAGCUUUGGGCGAUCUCAACUGGGUGAUUCCAUCUACUCAUACGUCCAUAUUUCAGAUUGGUGAUUUUGACAAGAAAGCGAUUGGCUUCAAGAAUGGUGGUGCACCGUACCAACAUGGCCUUGCAGCUCUCAGCCCUGCGAACCUAACAUACACUGUAGGAAAAUCCAACAGCAAGGACUGGUACUAUGCACAAUCAAAUCUUGGUACUUGGGAUGUAGUCUUUGCCAUCAAACCAGCAGAUCGUGUGUCUGUGCGGACUGCACUGCUCACAUUAUCGUUAGCCGGAUACUCCCAGAGUGCUGGAAUGACAAUACUGCUCAAUGACGAUAUGAUCCUUGGUGUCCUUGGCAAGGAGAACAUUACCUCAGAUCCAACUUUGUAUCGCUCGGGGACGACGUCUGGAGAAUGGCAUCUGUUUCAGUAUGAGAUUGCUGUUGCGCUGCUGCAUGAUGGAGAGAACAAACUCAGCUUCAGGAUUGAUAGAUACACGCUUUGGCGCGGAUUCUUAUGGGACAGUAUAAUUCUAGAAUGGGUAUAG